UCGCACUUUAUUGAUUCAAACGUCGAUCUCUUCAUCUACUUGAUUGAAGAGAUUAGGUUUAGUACAUGAAAAGAUCAACUUUUGAACUGGGCCGUAGAGUUAUAAAAAUUAAAGAGGACAAUGACAGGUGGUCUUUAAUUGUUUGUUAGGCGAAACAGCUAGGAUUAAGAUACGUCUGACGGAAACAAAACAUUUUAAAAUUAUGGAUACUUUUGGUUUUGACCAUCUUAGCUUAAGAAAGAACAAAAAGCACACUGCGGUGAUAAACAUAAGGGAAUAUAAACGCUUUUCUGGAAGGAAAUAAAACUUUAACUUUUGCCUCUCCAAGGAAGCUUGCAGAGUAUCUGCAGUAGGGAGCCUUAGCAACGACGACGGCGACGACAACCACGACGUCAAAAAAGCAAUAGGUUUAUUAUGCAAAACAACAACUUUGCACGUGCAUCACGCAUUUUGGUACAUUUCUUUACCGUCCUUGCGCGACUACGACGUGAAAAUACCUAAUUGCAAGUUUAAUGGAGGACGUAAACAAGCGACGACGAAUCUCUUUUUCUCCCUCUAAACUUGAGUGCGGUCCUCAAGAAGUCAACUCCAGGGAAAUUCGUCUACACUUGCAAUUUUCAGCAGAUUGGAAUUAACGCGACAAAGAUUGAAAAAACACGAAUUCAUUUUAAAAGUGACGUUUUCGCUGCCGUUUGCGUCGUCGAUGCUAAAGCUCCCUAGUAUCUUGCGGGCAACGACACCGCAUACGAAGAAUAUUUUUGUUGGAAGAAACAGUAUCAACGCAUUCGAACCCGGUGUGCUUGUGAAUUGUGUAAACAACUUCAUAACCGAAGCCUUUAUACACCAACGAGAGUAUACACAAACAUGACGAAAUUCUGGAAUAGAAAGCAGUGUAAAAAUCGUAUGCACCAGUUACUUUCCCGUUUGGCACGGUUCGGAUACGGUGCUAGAUACUAA